AGCGCGCAAGAAAACGUGCCCCGAUUUUUCUUCUCUAUCCUCCCACGACCCUAAUUCUUGGCGCAAGCAUGGGCGGCGAUACUGUUUCGCUUUCUACUCCUUCCAUCCUUCACGAUCAUCUCUAUGGGGGUUCUUCUCUCGAGCAUGAUCAGUCGCAAAUUGCUACUCAACUGCCCACUCUCAGGGGUAACAACAGUAACUUGAGCAUGCAAACUAAGGAUGAUGAAGCGGAUAUGGAAAAUGGAGUAAUCAUGGGAGAAUUUGAUGCGACUGAAUCUCAAUUUUCUUCAUCUGCUUUGAAUGUUGAAAUAUAUCGGAGGAGGAUAAACAAUGUACAUAGAGAGAUCUUGGAGAGCUCUGAUCAAUUACGGAUUCGUAGUGAGAAUUUGAAUCAGGCUAAGAGAAAAAUUUUGAGCUAUUCUCCUGGAUCAUGGAUUGAGCAGGUAGGUGGAAUGAAAUUAUCUGACUAUGAUAUCCCACAAACAAUGUCGCUUAUAUUGAUUGGUCCGAAAGGAUCUGGUAAAAGUAGUCUUAUAAAUAGGAUCUCCAAGGUGUUUGACGAGGACCGUUUUGCGCCCGAAAGAGCUCAAGUAUCAUGUAAUUCAUCUGGUGAAGAUGGAACUUUUUUCCUUCAAGAAUAUAUGAUUCUGAGAAAGUCGAAAUCCUUUUGUUUAUACGAUACCCGUGGUCUGUCUGAUGACUCGUCCGAAAACAUUGAAGUGUUGAAACAAUGGAUGACCAAGGGUGUUCAUCAUGGAGAACUUGUAGCAAGGAAAUCUGAUGCUUCAAGUUUAAUAAAUAGAAUGAGGUGUAAAGCUCGCCAACGCUUCCCUCUUUCUAGGGCGGUCAGAAUGAUUAAUUUUGUCAUAUUCGUCGUCGAUGGGCUUUCAGUUCUUAAAUCAAUGGAUGGCAAUGACAUAGAGAAAGAUUAUGAAAGAGUGAUAACUACUGCGUUCAAUUGCCCUUAUUUAUCAUAUGGAGAUGACAAGCCAGUUGUUGUUAUAACCCAUGGAGAUCUACUUUCCUUUGCGGACCGUGUUCGUGUACGUGCCCAUUUGGGGAAUUUAUUAGGUAUUCCAUCGGCGAAACAAAUAUUUGACAUCCCAGAUAGUUAUGAUCCAGUCACGGAGUUGACGAUAAUUGAUAUGUUACAUUACUGUCUGGAGCAUGCUGAUAAAAACCUUUCUCCCAAGAGCUGGACGGUGUUCAAGGAUCAUGUGUCCUCCGUAUCAGCGAAUACAUACUUCCUAACCUUCAUGGUGAUUGUUAUCAUCUCAGCUUAUCUGUAUCAGGUAUACGUUCAUCAUCCCGAGCAACAGGAACCUAAGAACGUUUCGAAAGGUAUGGAGAUAGUUUGGCAUGAGAUUCGACAUAUGUGGUUAGAUUGAAGAAGGGGCAGUGUCUUGGACUUCAGAGGUUCUUUUGCUACAAAUAAUAGGUGGGUAAAUGAUAUUGUCACCUAACUGUGCAGUGUGGAAUAAUGCUAAAACUGUUCAUAUUGUGAUGAUUUGUGGAUCCUAUUAGACAAUGCACUGUCUUCUUAUAUAUGAGGUAAAAGUGAUGGAAAAUAUUAAAUGGUAAAUUUAGCCUCUGAAUUUUGAUUGGUAGUUUGUAAGCAAGAUUUUGCCCAGAAGAUGAGGAAUGAUAGGAAUACAUAAAGGUUUCAUGGAUAUA